AUGGCCAACGACUCGGAAUCACCCGAUGAGGUCGGCGGUCCAGCUGCAUUCUGGAUUCUGGCUUCAGUAGCUUUAGCUGCAAUCGCGCAACCAUCUACAGGUCGGAAAAAGGAAACCGCUCUUUUUGGCGGCAACAUUGAUUUAAUGCGAUGCAUCCCGGCUGUUUGUAUCGUUGACAUCAUUUUCGAUGUCGUCAUUUUGGUCAAGGCUAUCUUGCGACUAUUUCCUGCAUCGGAACCCUCGCCACAUCCUCGCCGUGCUCUCCCAAACGCUGCUGUGGUUGUCGUUAGAUUAGCGCUGACGACUUUCGCUGUCCUCCCGCAAAUCAUCAAAGUCUUUAGUUUAAAAGGCGUCCCAGCAACUCAAAUAUGCGCCUUUAUCUUCUUCCUUGCCACAAUCACCUCGCUCAUGAUCGAGCUUUUCGGAUUUAGGCCAGAAGCCACAGGCGCGGCAUCGGAAGAUAAAGACGACUUAACAAACAGGAUAGUGCCCAUGGCGCUCUUCCUUCAGGUGCCCUUCGAGUGUUGGAUCUGGCACAACAUCGGAUACUCACUAGAUAUGAAGCUCUCCACUGAUGUAGAGUCCCUUUGCGCAUGGAGCACCUCUUCUUGUAUUCUUGCCAUGGCCGUGCAGAUUCUUAUAUGGAUAAUGUAUGUUAUUAUACGACGGCGCUUGGACAUAUCAGCAUCUCCUUAUGUCAUCCCCCUUCGAGGGUUCUACCUGCUACUCGUUGUUCUCAGGGCAGCUAGAAAACCUGUUGUGGCAGAAGACUCUGGAGCAGCCGACAGCCUGACGCCAUUUACAUCGGAUAGUUUCAGUUAUACGAUUAGUUUAAUGGUUAUUGCCAUGCUAAUCAGCAUAACUAUCUCCAAGGUCCUGGGUGGUGUGGGAAAGUUGAUAACUGUAUGCUGGGGGCCUAGGAGCUCGGAGGAUGAAGUGCCGUCUUUAACGAGUUUGGAGCGUACCACGGAUCAAGAGAACGACAAGGAGGAAGACGAGUCUAGCAAAGUCCCCCCUAAAGGACUCUUGGCUACCUGGAUGGGAAGAAUCGGUGUUUUUCCUGAUCGCCUUGUUGUUCAUGGACUUACCUUGCAUUCAGAAGUCAGCGUUAAUAUAUCGCUGACAAUCUUCAACUUGAUUACAACGAUCUUCUACUACCUGGUGUAUUUUGACGGAACUGGUACGGAAAAUCCUAGCUGGACGAGUGUGUUGGGGUAG